AUGGCCUCUCUCUCUGUCUCUGUCAAGAAUCAAGACUUAUCAACAAUACCACCACCACCCAACAAUCAUUCUUUCUCCGCCGUUCCCGCCACGGUUCUACCAUUGCCACCCAACAGUCACUUAAAUCCACCACCACAUCAUCCUCACGCACUCCCACUCGCCGUCAGUCUUUCUCCACCUGCCGCCGUGGAGACGCUUGUUCUCUUCUCUGGUCAUGGGUGUGAAGUUGAAGACCUGCAAAUCGAAUGGCCGGUGGUGGUAGUCAAAAACCUAUACCUGCAAAUCACGGUUCUACCAUCGCCACCCAACAGUUACUUAAAUCCACCACCGCCGCCAUCAUCACUAUCUUCUUUCCAAUUCUAA